CCGUCUCCCCUCGACCCCGCCUCCUCGCCGUCGUCCGAAGCCCCAUCCCACUGCUCACCGCCUACAACCUCCGUCCCCACCUCCCUCUGCCUCUUCCUCGCCUCGCUUGACGACCUCCCAUCCCUAGCUGGCACGAGCGACGUUUGGGUCGGGUCUGUGGGUUUUCGUGCACCAUUAAGUGAAAUGGGUCGAGCAAUUUCGUUGUAUUUGGUUGCUGUUUUUGCAUUUUGGAGUGUUCUUGGUGUGAGAUCAGAGGACGCUUACAAGUAUUACACGUGGACUGUGACCUAUGGAACUGCUGCACCUCUAGGGGUUUCUCAACAGGUUAUACUGAUAAAUGGACAAUUUCCUGGUCCCAGGCUUGAUACUGUGACAAAUGACAACAUAAUCCUAAACCUCAUCAACAAAUUGGACCAGCCAAUCCUGUUAACAUGGAAUGGGAUCAAACAGCGAAAGAACUCGUGGCAAGAUGGUGUUUUGGGAACUAAUUGCCCGAUCCCUCCAAAUACAAACUACACGUACAAAUUCCAAACGAAAGAUCAAAUCGGGAGCUACAGUUAUUUCCCCUCAACUCUAAUGCACAGAGCUGCCGGAGGUUUUGGAGCUCUUAACGUUUACGCUCGAUCAGUAAUUCCUGUUCCAUAUGCUACUCCAGCUGGAGAUUAUAGCUUGCUUGUUGGUGAUUGGUAUAAGGCUGGCCACAAGGCGAGUGGAUUGCAGCAAAUACUCGAUUCAGGAAAGCCGUUGCCUUCACCUGAUGGAAUCCUUAUAAAUGGCCAGGGUCAUUCUUCUUUCAGUGGCAAUCAAGGGAAGACAUACAUGUUCAGAGUCUCGAACAUCGGCUUGUCAACAUCUAUCAAUUUCAGGAUUCAAGGUCAUAAAAUGAAGCUAGUCGAGGUUGAAGGCUCUCAUGUGCUUCAGAAUAUCUACGAUUCUCUUGAUAUUCACGUGGGCCAAUCCGUAUCAGUUCUAAUCACCUUGAAUCAGUCCCCGAAGGAUUAUUACAUAGUUGCCUCCACCAGAUUCACCCAAGCAGUCCUUACGGCCACUGGUGUGCUGCACUACACGAACUCCCAGGCACCGGUUAACGGGCCUAUCCCAGCUGGCCCGACUAUAGAAGUGGAUUGGUCCAUUGAUCAAGCUAGAUCUUACAGGACAAUAAUUCUGGCCAACACAGCACCUUUAAUCAACGGCAAGCAAAGAUAUGCAGUCAACGGCGUUUCGUACAUCAAUCCCGACACCCCUUUGAAGCUUGCAGAUCACUACAACAUUCCUGGAGUUUUCAUUGUCAACUCCAUCCAGAGCACACCAUCUGGCGGUGGGCCCAGCCUUGGGACUUCUGUGUUGGGAGCCUCACUUCAUGACUUCAUCGAGGUUGUGUUCCAGAACAAUGAGGAUACGAUUCAGUCGUGGCAUCUCGACGGUUAUGAUUUCUGGGUUGUUGGAUUUGGGAAUGGUCAGUGGACGCAAGCUAGCAGGCAGACGUACAAUCUUGAUGAUGCUUUGACUAGACACACCACACAGGUCUAUCCAAAAUCAUGGACUGCCAUAUUAGUGUCUCUGGACAAUCAAGGCAUGUGGAAUCUGAGGUCAGCAAUGUGGGGAAGGCAAUAUCUCGGGCAGCAGUUAUAUCUGAGGGUUUACAACCCGACACCAUCUUUCGCAAAUGAGUACGACAUACCGAAUAAUGCACUGCUUUGCGGAAGAGCGGUUGGCCGAAAACUUACUUAAAAUGUAGUUAACGGCACAUCACUUACUAAUUAGUAGGAAAAGUGCAUGUGUUCGUCUCGAGUAUUUAUUUGUUGUGUUUUUUUUUUUACAAGUCAUGAGAGGUUGGCUGAUAUCUACACACGGUGAGGGUGAAAUCUUGAGAUGUGUACUUCACGACGAUAUUUUUCUUAUAAGAUGAUGUUUUCUGCAGUUGGUUUGAAGUUAAGUUUGAUAAUCCUUUGCUCGGAAUUAAUUUUAAGGUAAAAAAAUGUCAUGUACAUUGGGGCUGCAUGAGUUAAAGUUAUACGAUGAGUUGCACAAUCAAAACGAUGUUUAAUAAAAUUAGCUGAUAAGCUACCUGAUAGCUGAUAAUUUCUGAAAACUGCACA